AUGGACAAAACUGGCUUCGGUGCUGUCAUUAAGUAUCUACAAUCGAAAGGACUAACUCCAACAGCUAUCCAUGCGGCAUUGGCAUCAACUUUAAGGGAUGGUGAUCCUUCCUUUGUCACUGUUGACAGUUACGAUGUGGGCAGCAGAGUUCAAGAGCAGAAGAGAGCGUUGAAAAUGAUCCAAGACCAGGACAAUCUUCAACUGACACUACCAAAGAAAAUGUUGAUAAAAUACAAGGAUGAUCGACGACUCACCACACAUCACAUAGCCAAUACAGAAGGCAUUUACUAUGAGAAAGUUAAGGAAUAA